AUGAAAUCACUUUACUCGCAACUUAAUUCUCUUCUCAUCCCACCGGAGAAUUCCUCAAAGAAGCUAGUGUCAGUACCGGAUCAACUUCACGAAGCUACAGAAUAUAUCGAAAAUCUGCAGACAAUAGUUGAGAGGAUGAAACAAAAAAAACAAAGUUUAUUGGUAAGGCCAUCAACCAUAAACAUCAACAAUAAUGUCAAACGACCACCUGAAGCUGAUUUGAUACCACCUAUAAUCGAGAUUAACAUUUUUGGGUAUGCUUUAAAAGUCUUAGUAAUAGCAAGUCGGAUUUAUAAUCAGCAAUCCUUGUUUUAUGAGAUUAUUCGAGUUCUUCAAGAAGAAGAAAGAGCUGAAAUUGUUAAUGCUAAUUUUUCUAUCAUCGACAAUGUAGGAAUGCAUACUAUACAUUCACAAGUUGGUGAUUCUGAACUCGGCUUUGGAGUGGAAAGAGUGAGAAGAAGAUUAACAAAGCUUGUGCAUGAAUUUGUUAUAGUUUAA